UACUGAUACAAGAAAUGUUUUACAAUUUGUGUCGUCUUUUCGGUGUUAAAAUGUCUGUCGAAGCUUAAGCUCUUGGACAUUUUGUUAAAGAUGAAAAGUAGCCCCACUCGCAAAUAUGAGAAUUUCUCCAACGACCAUCAAGGAAAAGAUACGGACAAGUAUUCUCUAGACAGCCAGGAUACUGCAAGUUUGCAUUCGGAGGAGGGCGGGCGGCGCGGCGCGGACGUGAGCGCGGGCGCCGGCGACAUGUGGAUCAGCGCCGUCGAGAGCUCCAUACUCGCCUGGGAGGAGGUGGCGGAUCGUCUACACGUGGACGUCCGUCGCGGUCUGUCAUGGCGGGAGGCUAACGACCGUAUGAACUUUGUUGGCCCCAAUGAGUUCCAAGUGAAGGAGGAGGACCCGCUCUGGAAGAAAUACAUCGAGCAGUUCCAGAAUCCGCUCAUUCUAUUACUACUGGGGUCUGCGGUGGUGAGCGUAUGCAUGCGUCAGUUUGACGACGCGACAUCCAUUACUGUGGCCAUCAUCAUCGUGGUUACUGUCGCCUUUGUCCAGGAGUAUCGCUCGGAGAAGUCUCUGGAGGAACUCAACAAGCUCGUCCCGCCGACAUGCAAUUGUCUGCGAGAGGGCAGUAUCGAGCAUUUUCUCGCUCGGAAUCUAGUACCCGGGGAUAUAGUCCAUCUGAAUGUUGGAGACAGAGUGCCUGCUGAUCUUCGACUAUUCGAAUCCACUGACUUGGCUAUAGAUGAAUCAUCGUUCACGGGAGAAACAGAACCCGCGGUGAAGACAGUUCUGCCCAACAAAGCUGCCGGUGGGAGAGUGAACAAGGAUAAUAUUGCGUUUAUGGGGACAUUAGUACGAUGUGGUAAUGCUAAGGGCAUCGUGGUGAGUACUGGAGAACGAUCUGAAUUCGGUGACAUCUUCCGCAUGAUGCAAGCGGAGGAAGCUCCGAAGACGCCGCUGCAGAAGUCCAUGGAUACCCUGGGGGCGCAGCUGUCGAUGUAUUCCUUCUGCAUCAUCGGCUUCAUCAUGGUGGCGGGCUGGCUGCAGGGCAAGGCUAUACAGGAUAUGUUCACCAUAGGAGUCAGCUUGGCCGUCGCUGCUAUUCCUGAAGGUUUACCUAUCGUGGUGACUGUCACGCUGGCGUUGGGUGUCAUGAGGAUGGCAAAACGUAACGCCAUUGUGAAGAAACUGCCAACUGUUGAAACUCUGGGCUGCGUCAAUGUCAUAUGCAGCGAUAAAACUGGUACAUUAACAAAGAACGAGAUGACAGUGACGAUGGUGUCGACGUCAGGCGGGCACCUGGCGGAGGUGUCGGGCGCGGGGUACAACGCGCGCGGGGAGCUGUCGCUGCGCGCGUACAAGGGACGCGAUCUGGAUGUCGCUAGGAUGGCAGUGCAGACCAUGCUUGAGGUGGGCGUGCUGUGCAACAACGCGGAGAUCCGGGACGAGACGCUGUACGGUCAGCCGACAGAGGGCGCGCUGCUCGCCGCCGCCAUGAAGAACGACUCGCACCACGUGCGCGACCGAUACACCAGGCUGCAUGAAAUACCAUUCAGUUCAGAGACGAAGAUGAUGGUGGUAAAGUGCGGGCCCAAGUUCAAGGACAGCUCGGUGAAGGAGGAGGUGUUUGUGAAGGGUGCCAUAGAGAAGGUGUUACCACUGUGCACGCACUACGUCGACAGCGCCGGCAACUACGCGCCCAUGACCAGAGACAAGCAGAACGACUUCCUCUCAGAGGCUUACAAUAUCGGACGGACAGGUCUGCGUGUGAUAGCGCUGGGUCGGGGCGAGAGCAUGGACUCGCUGAUGUACACGGGGGUGUGCGGGGUGUGCGACCCGCCGCGCCCCGGCGUGCGCGACGCGGUCGCGACGCUGCGUCGUGCCGGUGUCGACGUCAAGAUGGUCACCGGGGAUGCCAGGCCUACGGCACUCGCUGUCGCUCAGAUGAUCGGUCUGGAUGUGUUACACUCACAAUCCCUGUCCGGCGACCAGCUGGAUGCUAUGCCUGAUGAAGACCUGGACAGGAUCAUUGAAACUGUGAGCGUGUUCUACCGCGUGACUCCGAAACAUAAGCUGUCCAUAGUUAAAUCUCUACAACGACGUGGCAACAUCGUCGGCAUGACAGGUGACGGUGUCAAUGACGGUGUGGCAUUGAAACGUGCUGACAUCGGUAUUGCUAUGGGACGUAAUGGCACCGACGUGUGCAAGGAGGCUGCCGAUAUGAUCUUAGUAGAUGAUGACUUCGCUACCAUCAUUUGUGCGAUAGAGGAGGGCAAGUGCAUAUUCUACAACAUCAGGAACUUCGUGCGCUUCCAGCUGUCCACCUCCAUCGCGGCGCUCUCCCUCAUCGCGCUCGCCACGCUCAUGUCCAUACCCAACCCGCUCAAUGCCAUGCAGAUAUUGUGGAUCAAUAUCAUCAUGGAUGGUCCCCCGGCGCAGUCUCUGGGCGUGGAGCCAGUGGACCACGAGGUGGUGCGGCGAAGACCUCGCGACACCACCCGCCGCAUCAUCUCGCGCGGCCUGCUGCUCUCAGUGCUCCUCUCCGCCGCCAUCAUCAUUGCCGGCACCCUCUGGGUCUUCAAUAGAGAGAUGUCAGACAACAAGAUAACUCCGCGCGACACGACGAUGACGUUCACGUGCUUCGUGCUGUUCGACAUGUUCAACGCGCUCUCCUGUCGCUCGCAGACUAAGUCCAUCUUCCAAGUUGGACUCUUCUCUAAUAAAAUGUUCCUGGUGGCGGUGUUCAUGAGCCUGGUGGGUCAGAUGCUGGUGGUGUACUUCCCCCCGCUGCAGCGCGUCUUCCAGACUGAAGCUCUCACUGGACAUGAUCUGAUAUUCCUGGUGUGCCUGACGUCCAGCGUGUUCAUCGUCAGCGAGGUUAAGAAACUGAUCGAGCGCACGAUCAAGAAGCGGUCCCAUGGAAAGUUCUCGACGAAGGCACACGACGCCAUGGAUUUUGUAUGACACGAGACGCAGAGGAAGGAGCAGUAGGCGCGCGCCCACGUGACAGCUGUCACAGUGACAGCUGUCACCGCGACCCGGCUGACGGCUGUCACUGUGGCGCGGAUCGAAGAGAUGCUGGCCGUUUUGAUGCGGUUUUUUACAGUGUGGGCGCGAAUGAGGUUGUAUUGCGAGGUGACAGCGGCUGUCGGUUCAGUGACAAUUGCAGAUGUGAGGGUGAAUCCGCUCGUAGGCCGCCAUUUUCUAUUUACGAUGGCAAAAUAGAUAUUCCUAUUCGCUUUUAGCUGGUUUUGUCUCUUCGGUGUUUUAGUUUUUUUUAUUGUAUUUAUUACCUCUCACGUCGACAUGACAAUUGUAUUUAUAGGAUGGUGUUACCAUUCGUAAAAAACCUCAUCACAUUUUUAAUGUAUUUUUUUUAGCAUUUAAUAUAAAUUUGUCUAUGAUUUAUUAAGUUUGUAAGUAUUACUUAGAAAUGCUAUUUAAAUACUUAUUCGUUUGUGAAAUUGUUAACUGAUUUGUCUGGUUGUUAACUUGUAUUUUUCUAAGUAAUACAGUAAUCAGCCUAAAGUAAGUGUAAUUUUGUGAAUUUAUUUUUUUUACGCUUAUGAAUGUGUAGGAAAUUAUUUUGUGAUUGUUUUAGUUUAGUUAGAAUAAUAAGUGAGAUUUGAAUAGAGCUAUUAUUUCUCCUCUGACGAUGUUUUAUUCCUCUCUCUUUCUCGCAAUAUGAGUCAAGAAAGAGAGGUUAUGUGUUGCAAUGUUUGAGAAAAAAAAAUUUUUUUUUCUUUGUAAAAGUAAUUUAAAUAAGAAUCUUAGUUAUUUAGCUAUAAUGUGUAGACUUAUUUAUUUGAAACUAUCAAUAUUUAAAUAAUAGCACAUCCUAAAUAGUAUGAAAUACUUUCAUUAGGAAGGCUUUGAACCUCAGUGUUGCUAGUUGCAUAUCUAUGAUACUUAAUAUAGAAUUCGUGAUAGCUCAUAUAAAAAAAAAUACUUAAACUUUUUAAUCUCUGUAUCACCAGAAGUAAACCUGAAUAUUAGUUUUAUGUAUUGUCAAAAA